GAUUGGAGACAGAUAUUCAAUACCGUGAAUUUAUCAUCUCUAUACUCUCUCAUCUGCUGGCAAUGUGGUGAAUGGUGGGAUUACCAGCAGAGUACAGGUAGUAUUUGGUGUCGUCUCUGGAGCUUUCUCAUGUGUCCUUUGUCAUCUCGCCUGUAAAGCACUGAAACCGAGACUUAAAAAGUACAUCAUUGUUCAGUGACCACAGACGUUGUAUAUGUACACAUUCUCACAUUCUAUGUAUCUUAAUUCGAUACAUACACCUGUUACGUGGAUUAGCUUUCUGCGCCUGCGCGAACAUUAUUGAAUUCUGUUUCAGCAACUUGUGUACAUGUGAUCCCUAGCAGUUUCUGACUCGUUACAUUACGGUGUGUGUCACUUUAACUUCUCUCCAUAGAACAGGCUGAAUAUUGAACCAAUUAGGAAAUACUGAAUUGCGAUUUUCAUUUCACACAAAGUUGAAAUAUCACUGAUUUUAUUUUGGAAAUAUACAUAAACAUGGCAGAAACCGCCGACGGAAAUUUCUUGCGACAAUUUCGGGAUUUGAAUACCAGAGAGUUUAAGCAGAUUACAGCUAACCAGUUCAUGGACGUUUGGCAUCAUUACGAUUCGAACGGUGAUGGCUAUAUAGAGGGAAAAGAGCUGGAUAGCUUCCUGAAGGAGCUAGUGACUAGUAUAAAUAAAGAAGAUGUCGGCAUCGAGGUUGUUUCAGAAACUGCUCUUAAAGAAGCAAAAGAAUUAAUUCUCAAUGCCUUCGACGAAAAUCGAGAUGGUAAAAUUGACAUUGCCGAGCUUGCACAAAUCCUGCCAACUGAGGAAAAUUUCCUGUUGUUAUUCCGUCGAGAUCAUCCACUCGACUCCAGUGUCGAGUUCAUGAAGGUAUGGCGAGAGUUCGAUACAGACCACAGCGGGUUUAUAGAAGCUGACGAACUGAAGAAUUUUCUGCGACACUUGCUGAAACAGAAGAAGCGUGAGGACACGAUCACUGAGGAACAGCUCACAAUAUACACCGGGACAGUGCUACAACUUUUUGACCGCAACAAAGACGGAAAACUUCAGCUUAGCGAGAUGGCAAAACUGUUGCCUGUGCGGGAAAACUUUCUCUGCAGACCUGUGUUUAAGCGAAACAUCCAUAAGACACUUGCGAUAAGUGCCAACAAAAUGACGGAUGACGACAUCAAACGAGUGUUUGGUCUGUAUGACAGGGAUGGAAAUGGUUCAAUAGAGAAUGAAGAGCUGAACGGCUUCCUUAAAGAUCUAAUGGAACUCGUAGAGGAGGGAAAGACAGCUGACGACAAGGAUUAUGACGAAGAGGAUCUUAACGAGUGUAAGAAGAUUCUUUUGGAUAAAUGUGACUUGAACCAUGACGGGAAAAUCAAUCUUGACGAACUGACCAUGGUCCUCAUGUCGUAUAACAGGUCUUCCAGUGAAACGGAGUGUGCCAAAAACUAACUUACAUUCCAAAGAGCAUUCACAGGUCAUGGUCACUAACAUGUCUUCUCUAUCAAAACCGUACUUGCAGACGAGAGCGUGUGAAAAUGGAACAAACCUUUGUCGUAUUAUGUUUGAUGACAGUGAGGAUAGGAAACAUGAGUUCCGUGUAAGAUAUGACAGUGUAGAAGCCUUUUUACGUAAGUGACUUAUUUUCUCCAGCGUCCUUCGUGAUGCCAUUAUAAAGUACAAGAAAAAAAAUACAGUUAGUGACCUUGACUAGUGCAUUAUAUAAUGAAAUAUAUAUCUGCUAUAUAUACUUACAUUGUAUAUCUUUAAGGUCAAAUUACACGUUAGGAAUUGUUUUAAAUGUAAGAUGCUUGUAUUUAUUUUAUCAUUAGCUUCGUUUAAUGCAUUAAAUAUAUCCUAAAUUUCAUUUACUAAUAUUACAGUUUUCCGAUAUUUGGGUGCUUUGUUUAUUAUAUUAUUCAAGCUUCGUUUUCAACUUUAUAGAAUUGUGGAUAUAUAUGAGGCAGAUGUUAUUAUUAUUGUUUCGAAGUAACACCAGAUGUUAUCAUAAUUGUUUUGACCUAGCAUCUAUCUUUUUUGCUCUUGAUAUAAUUACUGAUGUACAUAUUAGCUAACGGAAACAGAUUUUUUCUCAUUACAUUUUUUCUACAACUUUUUUUUAUUUGUAUAUUAAGUAUCCAAUCGAUUGUUUGUUUUGGGGUUUUUUUCAAUCCAGCUAUCAACUGACCAAUUAAAAAUCUGGAUAGCUCAAAUAUGUGUUUUCAAUGUUCGUUGAAAUUUUAGGUUUAGAUAUGUUUGCUUUUAGAGGGAGGAAAUGGCGUAUUGGUAGGGAAAAUAUUGAAUCGGAAAGGGUUUGUGAGCUUUAAUCAAAUGUUGAUCAAUUUCAUCGACAAAUACCUAUCUAUAACUUGUAUUACAAAUAAUUUACCAAAAUAUUUUAAACAUCCAUCGCAUUACGAGGUAUCCACCAUACUUAUUUCAAAGUAUUUUCAAAAACCAAAAUAAGGAUAAACACAUUAAAUUAGACAUUAGUUUUCAAUAGAUUAGCUAGAUGGUAUACACGAUAAGUUAAAACAAAUGUGUAUCCUAGUGUAAGCAUUUGUCCAAUAUCAAUUAGCAUGGUAUAACUUAACAUGUCCGACGGGGACGAUGAAAUUGACACUGCUAGAAGGCAAAUGAUAAUCCGUUUUCUAUGUAAGCAUAUUUUCCUUCUCUGUUUUUUUUUAUCUCAUCUUUUUUUUUAUACAUAUAUAUAUUGUCGUUUGGAAUUCCCAAAUAAUCUAAAUUUGAAAAUAAUUUAAGAUUAAUUGGCACGGUGUACUUAAAAAUGAAAUACCUUAACCAUUUAUUUUGUGGAUAGGGCGCAUCUGAAAUAGCAUUUCAACGAAUAGCUAUGAAAGUAAUAAACUUCACUGAAUGCUGAUUCAGUCGAUCAGAACAUGGUUUAUCAUUCUAAAUUGAUAUCUCCUGUAAGUUAUUGUUUUUAAUGUAAUGUUAUUGUCUUACGUACUACUACUACAAAGCAGGCAUCACAUCGACAUGAUGGUUUUUUUCCUACCUUUCUAUUUUGUCUGUACAUUUUUACAUUAACAAACACACCUUAUAUACGUAUUUGCUCAAAACUUUACCUACCUUUCUUUACUAGAGCCUUUCAUUGAAUCAUAGAUAUAUCUCCCAUCCCAGGGCAUGUUAAUUAAGUGCUGAUUUUGGUAUUGUUACGUGUCAUAUUUUUUCACUUUUGUUUCCAUUAAAUCAAUAAAUAAUCAAAUUAAGAAGGUAAACUCUUCCAUAGCCGUCUCGUGCGAUGCAUUAUCUCAUAAUUACCAUUACAGGAAUAAAUAGCUGUUCUAGUUAUAUUAGUCUACCAAUUAGGUUGUGUGCAAAUCAAAAUUGAUACAGAAGACCAAAGUUGACACCAGAAUAUUUGAACACAUAGACAAUUGAAUUACAAAGGCAUAAUGAUGUUAUCUUUUACCCGAUAAUAUAUGCAUGUGUAUCCAGUUUUCUUAGCGAGUGAUAUUAUUAUAGUUAACCAUGCGUUCGUCUCAGAGUGUGGUAUUACUGUAGUUAACUACAUCUCAGAGUAAGGUAUUACUAUAUUUAACUACAUCUCAGAGUGUGGUAUUACUAUAGUUAACUACUUCUCAGAGAGUAGUAUUAUUAUAGUUAACUACAUCUCAGAGUGUGGUAUUACUAUAGUUAACCAUAUCUUAGAUUGUGGUAUUACUAUAGUUAACCACAUCUCAGAGUGUGGUAUUACUAUAGUUAACUACAUCUCAGAGAGUGGUAUUGCUUUUGGUAACUACAUCUCAGAGUGUGGUAUUACUAUAGUUAACUACUUCUCAGCGUAGCGUCAUCUUAGCGUGUGGUAUUACUAUAGUUAACUACUUCUUAGCGUGUGGUAUUACUAUAGUUAACUACUUCUCAGAGUGUGGUAUUGAUAUAGUUAACUACAUCUCAGAGUGUAGUAUUAUUAUAGUUAACUACAUCUCAGAGUGUGGUAUUGCUAUAGUUAACUACAUCUCAGAGUGUGGUAUUGCUAUAGUUAACUACAUCUCAGGGUGUAGUAUUACUAUAGUUAACCACAUCUCAGAGUGUGGUAUUACUAUAGUUAACUACAUCUCAGAGUGUGGUAUUACUAUAGUUAACUACUUCACAGAGAGUAGUAUUAUUAUAGUUAACUACAUCUCAGAGUGUGGUAUUACUAUAGUUAACCAUAUCUUAGAGUGUGGUAUUACUAUAGUUAACCACAUCUCAGAGUGUGGUAUUACUAUAGUUAACCACAUCUCAGAGAGUGGUAUUGCUAUAGUUAACUACAUCUCAGAGUGUGGUAUUACUAUAGUUAACUACUUCUCAGAGUGUGGUAUUACUAUAGUUAACUACAUCUUAGCGUGUGGUAUUACUAUAGUUAACUACUUCUUAGCGUGUGGUAUUACUAUAGUUAACUACUUCUCAGAUUGUGGUAUUGAUAUAGUUAACUACAUCUCAGAGUGUGGUAUUACUAUAGUUAACCACAUCUCAGAGUGUGGUAUUGAUAUAGUUAACUACAUCUCAGAGUGUAGUAUUACAAUAGUUAACCACAUCUUUUUUUAAAAGUUCCAUUCCAAUAGUAUUGACAAAAAUAUUUUGAAUCACUUCGAUUAUAACCCUAACUAACGGUCAUGUGAAACUAAGAUAAUUACUGCAAAACAUGUAUUGUAUAUAUAUAUAAUUCUAUAUGCUUUUAUUGUGCUUUUUAUAAAAUAAAUUUGGAAAGAGCACAUCA